AUGGAUGAGGAACAUCUUCAUGACGACCUGCGCGUUUUCAAAGACAGAAACUUCUUCCAGCAGAAGCUGAGAUCCUUCUGCACGGUGUACCUGCUGUUGGGCCUCUCCUUUUUCCUGAUCAUCACCCUCUCUGCCGUCUCGCUCUCCAGAGUUUCAGCCAUUUCGUCUAAACUCAACGCGCUGCGCCCGGAAGAGAAACAGAACCAGAACGUUUCCAACCGGGAUUUUCUCCUGUUUCCCUGCGGACCCGGCUCCAGGGAAUGGGAAUAUUUCGACGGAAAAUGUUAUUACUUCUCCCUCACCCGCACCAGUUGGCACAAGGCGAAGGCCCAGUGCGAGGAGAUGCACUCCCAGUUGGCUGUCAUCAACAGCUACGCCAAGCAGAAUUUUGUCAUGUUCAGGACGAGGAAUGAGCGUUUCUGGAUCGGGCUCACCGACGAGAACUCGGAAGGGGAAUGGGAAUGGAUUGACGGGACCGACUACAAAACCACCUUCACGUUUUGGAAAGAGGGAGAACCCAACAACAGCGGUCACAACGAAGAUUGCGCCCACGUCUGGAUCUCCGGGAAGUGGAACGACGUCUACUGCACCUACGAGUGUUACUACGUCUGCGAAAAGCCUCUGCCCAACUGA